UAAAGUGGGAUUUUUUUUGAGUAAUUCGUAAAUGUGGAACGGAACGCAACCACCAAAUUAAAAUUGCAAAGAGAACAGCUAACUCUAAGUUUGCUUGUCAUCGCCGCCGAACUAAGAAAAUAUUAUUCGUUUAUUGCAAUAGAGUGAAUCAAAAGUGUAAAUAUUAGCUCUUAGAAUAAAUACGUAUUUACGUUGUUUUAAUCAAAACCAUGAGUUCAAUCGGAACUGGGUAUGAUCUUUCUGCUUCACAAUUUUCGCCUGACGGUCGAGUAUUUCAAGUUGAAUAUGCAGCAAAAGCAGUUGAAAAUUCUGGCACAGUCAUCGGGUUACGUGGAAAGGAUGGAGUGGUGUUUGCUGUUGAAAAACUAGUUACAUCUAAACUGUAUGAACCUGGUGCUAACAAAAGAAUCUUUCAUGUUGAUGAACAUGUUGGCAUGGCUGUAGCAGGUCUCAUAUCGGAUGCAAGACAGAUAGUAGAAACUGCCCGCUCAGAGGCUUCUAACUACAGAUCACAGUAUGGAAUCCCAGUGCCAUUGAAGUAUUUAAAUGAACGAGUCUCUAUGUACAUGCAUGCUUACACAUUGUACAGUGCGGUACGUCCAUAUGGUUGUUCCGUUGUAAUGGGAACAUGGACGGAGCAUGAGGGUCCUCAGAUGUAUAUGCUUGAUCCCAGUGGAGUCGCAUUUUCUUACUUCGGCUGUGCAGUAGGGAAGGCGAAACAAGCGGCUAAGACUGAAAUUGAGAAGUUGAAAUUGGCAGAUAUGACUGUGAAAGAGCUGGUAAAGGAAGCUGCCAGGAUUAUUUACUUAGUCCACGACGAGCUGAAAGACAAACAGUUCGAGCUGGAGCUGUCGUGGGUUUGCGCGGCCACCGAGGGCCGGCAUGAGCUCGUGCCGCGCGACGUCGCCUCCGAGGCCGAGAACACGGCCAAGCAAGCCCUCGCUGACAUCGAAGACUCGGACGACGGCGAUAUGUGAACGGAUUAGACAAUAAAACUUUUUUUUUUACUUA